GGCGGCGGCGGCGGCUCCGCGCGGCGGAUGCGCGUGCAUGAGCUCUGCACCGAGCGGGCGCAGGAAGCGCCCCCGCCCCGCCGCCUCCAUAUUCCCGGGCAGCGGGACCUCGCCGCGCGGCCGCGAAGGGGAGCGGCGGGGCAGCGGUUCCGAGGGCGCUUCCCAGAACCAGCGGGCCCUGGACGACUGCAAGACGCUCGUCCAGGAUUUCAAUACCCAGGUGGCCCUGUACCGGGAGCUGGUGAUUUCCAUUGGGGAUGUCUCUGUCACCUGCCCAUCUCUGCAUGCAGAAAUGCACAAAACCCGGACCCGGGGAUGUGAGAUGGCCUAUCAGGCUCACCAGAAGCUAGCGGCAAUUUCCGGCCCAGAAGAUGGUGAGAUUCAUCCUGAAAUCUGUAGACUAUAUAUCCAGUUGCAGUGUUGCUUAGAAAUGUACACAACAGAAAUGCUCAAGUCCAUAUGUCUGCUAGGAUCCCUUCAGUUUCAUCGGAAAGGAAAAGAGCCUUGUGCCCCACCCAAGAUCCUGGAUACUAAAGUGGAGGAGAGCUCCGAAGUACCUAUCUUAGAAGACACAUUGUCAUCACCUACAGAUAUUCAGCAGCAUUUAUGGCAGGUUUCCACAGACAUUGAAAACACUGAGAGAGAUAUGAGAGAAAUGAAAAACCUUUUAAGUAAACUCAGGGAGACUAUGCCUUUACCACUGAAAAAUCAAGAUGAUAGCAGCCUCCUAAACUUGACCCCCUACCCAUUAGUAAGAAGACGUAAGCGAAGAUUCUUUGGACUGUGUUGUCUUGUCUCAAGUUAAAAGAUUAAAUACAGAAACACCAAGAAAAUCAAACAUUGGUUAAACCACCAUCAUUUCACCUCUGAAAAGAACAUUACUACUCUUCAUUAUAAAGUAUAUUUUCUGUGCUGGCCUAUUCUUCUUCUCAGCUGCUCUAUCCCCCUUUUCAACAUAAGAGUUUUAAAGCUUAAAGUUACAGUGGCCAAGAACCAGCUGCAGAAUAGAUCUAGCAUAACUAAGAGUGUUUUUAAAACGUCUAAAAGUAUGUUUUGCAUGCUUACUUUCAACCACUCGGAGAAAAGACAUAUGGAAGACAUAUUGCCAUAAGGUUAAUGGAUUAUUUUUAAGUUGUUUUUUUUCACUGUUUAAACUACAGCUGAAAGUUUGUGCAUAGUACAGUAUUCUUAUUAGUAUCCUAUUGAAAUUCUUGAUCAUAUUCUAACAGUCUUUAAGCAUAGAAAAAUGUUUAACAGCAAAAGUAUUGAAGUUCUAAAAUAUUUAAACACUAUCAUAAUAGAAUGUGCACAAAAUCUCCAGUUGCUUUUUGUGCUCUUAUUCAUACUUUGUCUUCCGCUAUAUCUCAAUUUAAAAGCUUCGUAGAAAAACAUCUUAAUUUACCCAAAGCUAUAUCAAAAUAUUUAGAACUUGUAAAUACAGAGAAAUCAUUCAACCUAUAUACUGUACAAUACAUAGAAGUAAGGCAUUUCCUUCUAAGCCAAUACUAUCUCUGAAAGCUUUUGAAAAAAAAUAAUAAUUUACUGAAGUGUAGCAAAAUAAACAACGUAAAACACAACACCAACCCAUUUUGUUUCCAAUAGAAUUCAAAGCAUGGUAUCUGCAUAUCACUAAGUAUUAACUCCUAUAGGGCAUGCCAGAAUUAUCUCAGACUGUAAGAUACUAAACGUUUUACAUUGUUAAUAAAGUUUUUUAUUUAAAUUGAAUGACUUGUUUCUAGCGAUAUUUCCAGAACAUAUGGGGAUUUUUUGUAAUUUUACUGUAAAAAAAACUACCAAGUUUUGGUAAUUUUUCCAUUUCAAGAUGUAUGUUUACAAAGAGACAGAAAAUUACAAUUAAUAUAUAAGUGCUGAAAUGACUGCUAGUAGAAGCAAUAUAUAUGAAUAUGCCAGAGUUGUACUGAUACUUCAGGAUGAUAGGUGAGACACCAGAACUAAAUUUGCACUAGACAAUAACACUACAAGCCCCGUGACCAUCUGUAACUACAGUACCGAGCACGAAACUACUCUACCAUGAGCCAGCAUGUUAAUAGGAGCAAAAGUCCUUCUUGCUGCAUAAGGGUUUAGUGGUCUGUAGGGAAGAAAUGUUCCCUAGUCACAGGAAACGCCUCUGGAGUUAGGUACUGUGUUUUUUUGCUGGUAAGAUACUUCCAGAAGCAGUUUUCUACAGAAGGCUGUUCACUGAACAUGUGGCACCAACUGAAUAUGUUUCAUCUAACUGAUUUUUCUACCAGAUUUUUGUCUUGAAAUGCUAUUUACUGAGAAAGGAAGGAAACACACACCUUGACAGCAGUGUUAGAGAACUGCAUGGCCCAAAACCUGAGAUCUAAUUUAAUUCCAAGAAGGCAGGAAUUUUUCUUUGUGAAUAAGUGAUCCAGUCAGUCAUACCAUUUCAAAUUUAGGAAGUUGUGUAACUGACUUUAUAAUGUUUCUCUCAAAGUUUACCUUUCUUUUCAAGCAGACAUAGCAGACAGAUGUUUUUUUUUCCAAGUUGUAGUCAUCUGCUCACUUUUCAGUCUUUCAGCCCUUCAGAUUGCUCCAAAAGUAAUGCCUCCUAUUUAUUUCCAUGGAAACAAUAACAGCUACAAAGAGUACAAUAGCAGUGUGUAAUGGAACAAAUUCUCAGCUACAAGACACUUUUUCAUCACAGUCACCACUGUUAGCUGCGUAUUUUUGCCUGUGAUUAACAAGAGCCUGCAUGUCAUACUAGUGAAAAUACGCACAGGCAAAACUGACCCACUGUUUCACAGCUAUGACAGCAUUGUUGCCAGGAAAAUGUUGCCACACAGUCCGUAUUUCAUUGGCCCAACCAGAAGAAAGUCAGAAGGCACCAAAUCCGGACUAUACAGUGGAUGUGGUAGGACAGUCUAGCCAAGACUGGCAACAUGCUCGACUUGGUCUUCACACUGGAAUGGGGCCUGGUGUUACAGUAUUGUGAGAGGAAGACUGUCUUCUCCCACCUAGCUCUGGAAGUUCAAGCCUUCAGCUCAGUCAGCAUCGUGAUGCGGUAGUCAGUGUUGAUGGUUUGCCCGGGUUCCAGGAAAUCCAGAAGGAUCACACCUUUCCUAUCUCAAAAGACAGUGCACAUCGCUUUACCUGAUGAAGGCUGCGUCUUGAACUUUUUUCUUCUUUGGGGAAUGCACGUGUCGCCACUCCAUGGACCGCUGACUCAUAGUGGUGACACCAUAUCUCAUCACCAGCAAUGACGCAAUCCAGAAAACUGUCAUCUUCAGCCUCAUAUUGGUUCAGUAUGUUCUGACAAACUUGCAUAUGAUGCUAUUUCUGUUCCUGUGUGAGCAUUUAUGGGACCCACCUGGCACAAAUUUUGCAAUGUUCCAAAAUUGCCAUCAUUUUUUCCAAUGCCUUGAAGCCAAUAUUAAGCUCCAUACACAGCUCCCUGGUUGCAAUCUGCUCCAGGAUCCAAAUAGAUAUUCCUUUUCUGGUGUGAGAGGUGUGCAUGACAUCUGGAAUGUGGCUUGUCUUUCAUGUCACUGCCACCACUGCUGCAACACACUACCCGCUGCCUCACUGUACUCACAUUUAGUUUUGUCUCCAUAAAUGUUCAGCAAGCAUCAGUAAAUGUCAGUGAGUGCCUUUUUUUCCACGUAGCAGAAUUCAGUGUCACACGUUUGUUUCUACACACUUCCAUGUCAGACUCUGCUUUGUCAGAGUGCCCCUCUGCUGCCAUCUGUCACACGGCAACAACACGAAAUGGAAUAUUGUCAGAAGGGUUCAACCUCUGCUGCCAUACCACCAACAUCCACCUCUGAUAUCAUGGGCCAACAUAACAAAAUAGGAGGCAUUACUUACAGAGCAGCCCUUGUGUAUUUUUGAAUAAUUAACCCCACAUAAACGCUUUUGAUGCAAUGAGGACAAAUGCAUCUAAAAUGCCCUCAUAGAAAUUGUGUUUCUAUAAGCAAAAUGAAUUCCAUCAGAGGAAUGCAUGCCUACAUACUCUUAAGAGCGUAUAGCUGAAAGCACAAUAACAUUAUGUAAAUAGCACAGAGGAAGGUAACUGCAGUGUAUUUUAUGAUUUCAUGUCUCAGUCUAUUCUUCAGAGUAUACCGCAUUUAUCUUCAGAAUAGCUGUAUGCAGUCACAAAAGUGUGUGCUUGUGAGCAUGAAUGUGUAUUUAAGAAGCAUGGAAUCAAAAUGCAUAGAAAGAUUAUUUUCAAAAUCUGUUUGUUUUCCUCACAGCAAUGUCCUCAUUAACCAGAUUCUGCUUUUCUGUAAUAAAUAAAGAAUGUCCAAGAGA